AGUAUUUCUGAUGUCUUUAGUUUUGUCCGUCCGUGAUUAGCCACUCCUAUCUCGGCAAUACUUAAUUAGUUUUAGUGUUAUUGAAAUGGUUACAAGCAAUGUAGUUUAUUGAUCUCGGAACUUACAGUAUCUAUGUUUUAUGGCUUAACAUCUAGGUAAAAUUAAAUAAGUGACAAUGACGGGUCGUUCAGGCCGAGGUGUGUUUGGUAAACUUUUCUCAAAGAAGCAGCAUCAAAGAGAUGAUAGAGUUACAGAGAUUGGUAUGCCUACUAAUGUUAAACAACAUAUACACGUAAGCAUGAACUCUGAGACGGGAAUGUUGGAAGGAUUACCUUCAUCAUGGCUGAGACAACUGAACGCCCAGAUAUCGCCAAAGGAACAAAACGAAAACCCCAAUGCUGCCAUUCAAGCCGUAGCUUUCCACAAUUUCCACGUUUUGAAAAAGGAACAGGCUGAAAACGAACCAUGCAAACCUAUAGUAACAGAAGAGGCAAUAACUAAGGAGGGAUUGGAGAUGAAAAAAUUUCUGGCUAAGAAAAAUGCUCACCAAAGUCAAGAUUCAGAUAUUUCUAUAGGCCAAAGCAGUGAAGAGGAUGUUGCUCCUGAAACAUAUACUCAAAGGCAAACAAUGCCUGUUGCACCAACCAAAAACAAUCUUAAAAAGAAUGAUGCCAUGAUGGAUUUAACUGCUAUAGUAGAGGACCUGACUCUUAUUGGUAAUAAGCCUGAAGAAAGUCCAAUUCUAAGAAAGAAAGAGCUGAUAAAUGCAACACUCAAUGAUGAAGAAAUAUAUGAAGAAUUAAGAAGAAUUUGUAAUAAGGAUGACCCGUAUGUUCGGUUUGAAAGAAUCAAGCAACUUGGUGCGGGGGCCUCAGGAGUCGUGUUCAUAGCAAUAGACAGAAAGGAAAAUACAAGAGUUGCGAUCAAAGAUAUCGAUCUCACCAAACAGACCAAAAAAGAUCUCAUAUUGAACGAGGUCAACGUCCUAAAAGAAUUCAAUCACAAAAAUCUAGUGAACUUCUUAGACGCGUACCUUUGCUUCGACCAUCUCUGGGUAGCCAUGGAACUGCUCGAUGGUGGAUCAUUGACGGACGUUGUCACCGAAGUUGUGAUGAGAGAAGGCCAUAUAGCUGCGGUCUGUCGUGAAACUUUGCAAGCCAUAGCUUUCCUACAUUCAAAAGGUACGAUACAUAGAGACAUCAAAUCAGACAACGUGCUUCUAGGUAUGGACGGGACAGUGAAAGUGACUGAUUUCGGAUUCAGCGCGAACAUCGUCGGCGACGAGAAACGCCAGACGAUGGUCGGAACGCCAUAUUGGAUGGCGCCGGAAGUGGUUACAAGGAAACAGUACGGAAAGAAGAUAGAUGUGUGGUCCCUUGGAAUUAUGGCCAUCGAGAUGAUCGAGGGUGAACCGCCGUAUAUGAAAGAGAAUCCUUUGAAAGCGCUUUAUUUAAUCGCUGCUGUCGGGCGACCAAAGAUUCCUAGGUGGGACAAAUUGUCACCCGAGUUCCAAGACUUUUUGGACAAUUGUCUCCAAGUAGACGCGGACGAGAGAGCUACAGCGGAAGAGCUUUUAGCCCAUCCUUUCCUUGAAUGUGCCAGUGAGUUGAGAUCUCUCACUCCCCUGAUCAAAGCUGCCCAGAAAAUCUUACAGAAAAACAUGGACUAAUGUCGGUAUAAUCCUGAAUUUUAAUACUGAACUCAUAUUCGCUAAGCUUUUUAAUCACGUCAUCAAUUCAAACUUCCAGACACGAAACCGCAUUAUAUUUUUAUAUGAAAUUCAACAAAUAGUUUGAUAUUAUCUUUUAUUUAUAUGCUGAUUAGGUGUGCCAAUGUUAAAUUAAUAUUUUUGUAUAAUUACUGGAAUUUUUAGAAGCUUUUACAGUUUUGUACAAUUUUUUGAAAUUACGGACAAUUUAGUUUAAGUGAAAUAUAAUAUAAAAUAACAUUUAACUAUAUAAGCAUAAUACUGCUUUGAGAACUCCAGUUUUAAAUGUGUUCAACAUAUGAUUUUCGCAUUAUGCAAAGUCAACUCGUGUUAUCAGCGUCUGUAUUAGAUAAUGGUAUUAUCUGAUAUCCACCACGCACUAUGCCGCGACGUGCGAAAAUUUCGACACAUUUAAGAUCUAUUAAGAGCAUUAAAAUACUCUAGAGGGCUUAAAAUUUGCAUCAUUCACUUCUAACGCCCCAUCGACAAGUAGAAAUCCUUACAAAUGAUGAAUUACUCAAUCACAAUAAUAUUCUAGAAUAGGUAUGACGGUGUCCAAAAUUUAUGAAUUCUAACAUGAAUACUGUUAUGACGAUAGUGUUCUGUAUUUGCGGACAUCACCUGUUAUAAUACGAUCAAAGAUAACGUCAAGGUCAAGUCUACGUUGAAAAAACAAAACUAUUAAGUAAUUAUAAUUUUUAUAUCUACACAGAAUGUAUGAUGGUUCAAACGAUAGGGUAAGUCUAACAAAUAACCAAAAACAGCUAGUUGUAACAUUAGUUUAAUGACGUGGCAUUUUUAUUACAAUAAACAAUAAGUUUUUAUAUAUUUCCAGCACUAUUAACUCGAUAACGAUACUUCCAAAAAAAAAAACAGUAUUUUUCUGACAUUCCCUUUUCGAAUUUUAUUCCGAAACGGAUAUUAUUACCAUGCACGGCUGUUAGGUUAUACGAUAAAAUUAAGACUGUAUCUCUUAUGCUCACAAUCAUUUUUGCGUCAUUUCAUUGAUGAUAAUAUUAAUAAUUUGUAUAAUAUUUGUAAUAAAAUACGCAUUUGUUACAAAUUUUUUGUAAUAUAUAUAUAUAUAUAUUAAUUAUUUCUUUAUAAAUAAUAAUAAUCGUAAUAUAUGUGUAAAGAAAUAGUCAAACAAAGAAUAUGUAAGUUUUGAAAUUGUUUAUUAAUUUUAAUAUAAGGACAAAUUUCGUAAUUUCUUAUAUAAUUAUAAUCUGUAUUUGUGCAAUGAUUUCAAAUUAUUUGUCUUUAUUUCAAAACUGUUGAUUUAUUGUAGAGCGUCUUUUUUUUUUUCAAAGCAUGGCGGCCAUUUUAUUUAUGUAGUUACUAGAAUAAGGAAUACUGUAAGACAUGUAAUACACUUUGGAUAGCGUUUAAAUUAGUAUUAUUUUAUUAUUAGGCAAUGGUUUUGGAAUUGAAAUAAUUGAGAAGAGGAUUUCGGUGAAUAAAAAAGCCCUCCACCACGAGUGCCUGUUUUCAUGUGUAGUUGUAAGAUAAUUUGUUUUAAUGCAUUUUUGCCGCACAACGAAAUUGUGUUAUCGUAUUAAACCUGCAUUGCUAUAGUAUAGUCGUAAGUAUAUACACCAAUGACACUUUUUGAACAUUUUACUGAUAGAUAUUUUUGCCUAUUAAAUUAUUUUUGUAAAAGAA